AUGAUCUAUCCAGCUUUACUCUCUCUAUCUCUUCUUGGUGGAACAGAGUCUCCUACUUCAACAGCCUCUGGUGGGGCUGAAAUGGUAGCAACUUCUGUUGGACCUGGGACCACUCAUGCUAAUGUAUCCUCAAAUUCACUUACCAGAAAGAGCCAACUGCGUGGCGAACUUAUGGCCUACAUGCCAGCCCCAUCCUCCAUGCCAUAUCCAACAAAGUGGACUACAAGAUAUAGACAACGAUACUUUUGGUGGCCAACCCUCCUGCGAACAUUUCGUAAUCGCAUUCAGACAUCUACUGCCCCUCUUGCUGAUUGCCCCUAUCUGCCAGUUCCUCUACAUCGUAGAAUUAUACGAGGCCUCGGCGAUCGCCGUGGUGUUGCUCAACAUGCAGACCGCACGUUGCACCUUGGCCAAGUCUCCACCUGGCACUACUGUAGGCGGCUGGUAAUUGAUGCCGACCUUGAAGCCAGUUGGGCACCAGUCGACAAACUAAAUACUGCGUUUCAUCUUAAUCACUGCGAUCGCGGCAUUUACAUCCUUGGGGAUGACGUCUCCGCUAUAGAGGAAGCAACAUGCCAUGUACUUUCCGUGACGGGGAUCACACUUGACCAUUUGGUUUGCGGGCUCGAAGCAGGAGUUAGUGAUCUCUUAUACUGUCAACUGCUCGUGAUAAGCCUUUUCGGCGGAAAUAACAGGAGGAUAUGUGGCCAGGGGGAAAUGGAUUCUAGGGUAUGGUACCAGAUUUGUCUGGAACUCUGUCAGGUCCACAAUCAAAGCGCCAUCAAAGCGGAGAGAGGCCGUUAUUGGACUUACUGUUUGGCCUAUCAGGCGGUCAGGACGGGUACUAUUCUAUUCUAUGCUAUUUUAUUCUAUUCUAUUUUAUUCUACUCAAUUCUAUUCUAUUUCUGCAGUCAUCCUUAUCAUUCAGGAAGUGGGCCGAUUUGUUGA